GAGCCUCUUUACUCUAAGAGGUUACGUCGAUGGGCUUGUAUUGAACUGCGCCUCUGCGCUAGCUGUGUUGGACCUCGUGGCUGCAGCGUUCAUCUGAUGAGCCUACCGCAGUACGUGAGUACCUACAGGCUACCUACCAGUGCUACCUUGACUUCUUUGCUUAUUUAGUGAUAGUACGUACCGACAUUGUGGACUUGAUCGCUUACAACCCCCUACCAAACGUCCCUCUUCCCUCAAUACUUCACCAGCAAACUCCGUCACGCCCGCGACAUUCCUUUCGCUUGAGCAACACCAAUCGCGGAGCCAGCUUGAGGAAUGUGCCACGCCGAUGAAGCCAAACGGGUCUGCCUGGGGGAGUUCUGAAGGCUAGCAGCGACAGCUCAGCAGCCCUACCUCGGAUCCAAGACGCCAGAACGCCUCCUCCUCCACCUUUUGGCGCUUCUCCUCCACACCCCUCCUCCACGUUGGAACAUGCAGCAGACAUGUCGACACUCUUUUCAUCGCCCGCCAUGUCGAUCUCCUCGCGAGACUAGCCUGAUACCGGGGCGAGGUUCACCUGCAUUCGCUUGCAAAGGUGGGCGCAACUGCACCGCACCGCCUUGCCUACUUGUCACUCAUGUCAACUCUCCAGACCUGAACUGGGACUGGAAGUGCGGAGGCGUUCCGAGAAGCAAGCCACGCCCGUUGGCUACCGGUCCUCUUGUGCCUCGCUCUCUCUAUCUCUCAAGUGACAGAUUGACGGACGGCUCAGAGGCGCGCUUCGUGUCUCGGGAGAGAGAGUCUGACAUGCGGUGCGCCCUGCAUCUGCCUACCUUGCCCGCCAGCCGCCCAUCUCCAAUCCCGUCCCGUCCUUGUGUGCCAUACCAUGCCCAUCUAUCCUGCGGCCUGGAGCUGGCCCUGUUUUUGUGGUGGUGACUCUGAGCGAAGCCGACUAAUUGAUCUGCUCAGCUCAGCUUAGUAGUUUUCCUACAGCCUUGUCCUAUCCUAACCUGCCAUCCUCUUUGCAUUUCCUCUCUCUUCUCCCUUCUCUUUUUCUCACAUUUUCUGCCAAGAUCUAUUCUGCAAAGGUUCUGUGAUUGUGAACCCCCAAAAAACCCUUGGCGAUUGCGCAAGUUCAGAACUAAACUUACUAUUCGGAUGACCCUCUGCCAGCUUGUCGCGCUGGCUUAGCCCAUCGUGUACCUUUAACCAACCAGACCGACGACUCCACCUAAAACCCCGCCGCCGGGAGACCGAGACCAGACGGCCACCGACCGUCAAAGGACUUACGGGCCCCCUUUUGCCGACCAUGGACGUCGUGAAGGACUUGGUGACAGGGCCCUUUGAGGAGGUCGUGGAGAAGGGGACCGUUGCGCUCGGGAACGCGGGCGACGACCGGGACAUGCUCUCCGAGAGCCAGAAGCUGGUCAAGGGCGCCGAGCGCAUCCUCAAGAUUAUUGAGCCGCUGUGCUUGCGCCACUUGGAGGAGUCUGGCGUCAACUUUAUAGAUGCGCUCAAAGAUGAUAACGAGAUCGCCGACUACAGGUCCCAGAUGACUGACAUGAUAUGGGACUUUGAAGACGUAAUCGAUGCAGACACGUAUGAAAAGGAAAAGUAUGUCGAGCUACGGGAGCUCUGCAAGAGGGCCGGCCUCCGGACGGGAGAGAUCUUGAAGAGGAUGAGGUUGGAGCCGGCGCCGCGGGAGCAGCCUCCCAUUCCAAUUAUCGCGACAUCGCCACCGGCUACACACGAGACCCAAGACCAAGGCCACGGAAGUCUGCCUACGUCCCACGAGGGACAUCAUUUCCAGCCAUAUGAAGAGCAACACGCACCACCUGAGCCAGAGUCAAGAGUCAGGGAGGAGGUAAUCGAGCUACAACCGCCGCCUCCUCCACCGACAAACCCGUGGAGUAUAGGAGCAAGCCCCAUGAUCGAGACGGGACUGGAGGGACCAAUGGGUGAGAUGAACAUUGAGCGCCGUCCGCCCGUCUCCAUGAGCUCGCCCAUCUCUGAGCCGGGUAGCCCGAAGAACAUGAGCAGACUCUCGCACGGCUCAGAUCACCGGCUCGAGAUCCCCACCGACCGCGUCCUCUCGGAAGAAGACCGGUACCACCAAAUGAGCCCGCAGGACCUCACGCGAUCCCCGGUAUCGAUGACGGAUAGAAAUCACCCUCUCGUCUCGCGAGGCCGAGCUUCGUCGACGACACUGGGUAUCGUCACGGAAGACCAGACGCAGACGCCGCGGAACGUGAACGGAGGUCACUCCCCGCGGCCCCACCGGCACUCGCAGACCAGCUCCAUGUACUCGCACGCCUCACGGCAGCGCUCCCAGGAAUCCCUCCACGAUUCCGUAUUCGACGGCGGUGGCGGCAGGAGGAACUCGGGCGCCAUCAGCCCCUCCAUGACGGAGCACCGCGCCUCCACGUCCUCGGCCCAUGACGGGGGCCGGCUCAGCCCGACGUCGAGACCGCCCAUCAUCCCGCCCAACUUUCCGCCCGGCGUCCACGAGGGCAUCGAGAAGGUGCCGCUGGUCAUGAGCGACGGCGAGGGGCUCAUUCCCGUCGAGUCGGAGUCGUCUUCUUCGCAGGGGAGGGAGGCGGCGCUUCAGGUCUCGUCCCGGCCAAAGGAUUGUAAUAUCGGGUUGAGCAGCUCGUUUUAUUUAUAUAAAGGCUUCUGCGAGGGUGCGAAGGAGGUUACGCGCGGAGGUCUCGGCGUGAAGAAGGUUAAGAAACCGGGAUUCUCUGGUGCUCACGAAGUCGCCAAAUGCUCGAGCUGCUCCUACGAGCUCGACUUCAAACAGGUCGAGAACGACGUCAACAACGCCGAGGAAGCAAACCACACCUCCAACAAAAUCUCCUACCGCCCUCGCUUCCUCCAGAAAUCCCACGUCGCCACCAAACGCGCAGACGAGUUCCUCUACGGCUGCGUCUUCUGCGUCCACGCCCAGCGCACCCUCGAAGAGUGCGACGCCACAGUCUUCUUCAGCCAGAAGAAGCUCUUCGAGCACCUCGCCCGGCACCCGCGCCCCCUGCCCCAAGUACCCGGCAUCACCGUCGUGGAGACCUCGGAAACGACGGGCGGAGGGGAGGUGCCGCUCCACCUGCGCAACAACUACGACCUGCACUUCCGCGCCCCGCCGCGGCCCUCGCGCAUCGAGGGCCGCCAGCUCGAGCUCGCGCAGCUGCCGACCGCGACGGCGACGCAGACGGUCAAGAGGAUGUACGGGAUGCGGCUGCUGUACGACAACACGCCCGGGUUCGAGCUGGCUAACGGGGCGAGGUUGAGCGGGGUGGAGUUCCCGGCGAAGUAUAACGGGGAGUGGGUGAUGGGGUGGCACGAGGGGAAUUUCGGGUCCGCGCCGCUGGAUGUGCUCAAGUUGGAGGCGCCGCCCAAGGCGGAGAUCCGCGCGGACACGGCGAGUAACAUCUCGGCUGUGGCGAGGUGGAAGUUUGCGCCCAGGCCGAAGGAUGGUGGGGAUUGGUUGAAGUUUGAUCAGGGGGAGAGGAUCACCAAUAUCAGCUGGGCAUGGCAAGAUCACUGGUGCUGGUCCGGCACCAACGCAAAGGGCGUCUGGGGCAUCUUCCCGCAGACCUUUAUCGACGCCGCCUCGAUCCGCGAGGUCUCGGACAGGUCGAGCAUCUCGAGCGGGGAGCGGAGGAAGUCCGGGACGGCGGGCUUCUUUGAGCGGUUCUCUUCCGGCAGGAAGGCGUCGAGGCAGUCGAGCGUUGGGCACGUCAUGGUCUCGUCUGGGCCGCGGCCUUCGGUUGUGUGAAGGGGAAGGAUAGGUGCUUGGGUUGAAUCGGACGACUUUUGUGAUUUGGCGAUGCGGUGGAGGUUUUCUUUUGUUUGUUUCUUUGAAUGACGAUACCUUUCUGGAUUUGUUUUUAGGAGUUUUCAAUACCCAGUAACGAUUGAAAGAUGAAAUGGCCAUUUGGCGUCACCGAGAAAAGA